GGAGCAAGCCUGUGAUAGGCGAGAUAGCAUCUGAUUUUCACCAUAUUUUUAAAUUUACGACUUUGGUCAUUUGUACAUCUUUUAUUUCUUGUUGCACCUCCAAAAACGAUUUUCAAGGUUCUUGGGAAUUGAGGGGUGCUUUUUGCUUUUCUUAUCUGGGGGAUUUUUUUUUUGGAUUUUUUUUCUUCUCUUUUUUUUUUUUUUUUGGUUUUUGCAACUUGACGACACCGGCUAUUUCGCGUUCCUGGAGACCUUUCCAGCCCCUCCUAGAUUAAUGAGGCAGCCACCUGGUGAGUUUGACAUGGCUCUCAGCGGCACUCUGCUCCCUUCCAUCGCUACCUUCGCAGCUGGCCCGGCGGGCAGGGAGAAAGCCCUGAGACAGGCAGGUGCCACUAACAACCGGUGGCGGGAGGAGCUGUCCCACAUGAAGCGGGUAACUCCCGGUCCUGACCGGCCGCCCCUACGACCCUGGCGGCGGCUGCGGAGAUGGAGAGCGGCGGCGGCGGCGGCGGGAACCCCCCCGGCGCUCCUGGCCCGGCGGGAGGCGGAGGAGUUUAACGACCUGCUGGACUUCGACUUCAUCCUGUCCAACUCCUCAUCCCACCAGGAGCCGGUGGCCGCCGCUGCGGUGUCAUCCUCGGCCUCGUCGUCCCCGUCCAGCAGCGGGCCGGCCACCUGCAGCUUCACUUACCCGCCCCUCCGGGCCGGGGUGGAUCCGGGCGGGCCCGGGGGCGGCGGCGGCAACGGCAGCAGCAACGGCGGCGGCGGCGGCCUCCUGUUCGGCCGCGAGCAGGCGCCCCCUCCGGCCGCCCCCUUCAACCUGGCAGGACAUCACGACGUGUCCCCCUCUGGUGGAUUUGUAGCCGAGCUCAUGAGACCCGACCUGGAUCCGGUGUAUAUGCAGCAGCAGCAGCAGCAACAGCAACAGCAGCAGCAGCCCCUGCCAGGAGCAGCCUCCACGGGAAAUUUUGUGGUAAAAGCCACGGUGAACAUGGGAGAAUACGGGAAACCAUCCAUCAUCAGUGUUAGUAAAAACAACCCCACCCCCUGUAGCCCGGACAAUAGCCACCCAAUCGUGGUGGCCCCCUACAGCGGCGGGCCCAGGAUUGUGCCCCUAAAAUCAAGCAAGAGGCAGCCCCCCUCUUGCAUAGGCCGACCCAUGGAGGCCCCACCUCGGUUGGUGGGGUCCCGGCCCUCAGCAAUGGCCAGAGGGCACAGCCCCCAUGGUCCCCAUGAGUUUCCCUUGGGGCGACCCCUCCCUAGCAGGACUACCUCCUUGACUGCCGAGGAGCUGAUGAACAGCAGCAGAGACUGCCACCCUUCAACUCAGGGGCCUAAGCAUCCAGCACUGCCACUUCCUCCCGGUUACCACCCGGGGCCCAAUUACCCUCCUUUCCUGUCAGAUCAGCUGCAGCCACAAGUCACUCCACUUCAGUAUCAAGAGCUUAUGCCACCAGGUAGCUGCAUGCCAGAAGAAACCAAACCAAAGAGAGGGCGCAGGUCAUGGCCUAGGAAAAGGACGGCCACCCACACCUGUGAUUACGCAGGCUGCGGCAAAACGUACACCAAGAGCUCUCACCUUAAGGCCCAUCUUCGAACCCACACAGGCGAAAAACCUUAUCACUGUGAUUGGGAAGGGUGCGGGUGGAAGUUUGCCCGCUCUGAUGAACUGACCCGCCACUACAGGAAGCAUACUGGCCACCGCCCAUUCCAGUGUCAGAGAUGUGAUCGAGCAUUUUCCAGGUCAGACCACCUUGCCUUACAUAUGAAGAGGCACUUUUAAUCCAAAGCAGUGGAUCUUUCCCAUGCUGCCAGAAGAGAUUCAGUAUUUACUCUAAGACCAUCUUCCAGACGAGGGAGGAACCCAGCUAAAGCACUACAGAGAAUCAAGGUUGAAUCUUCCAGAGGGGGAAAAUAUAGGCAAAACAUAAAUAAAUGGAUAAUCAAGAGAAA